AUGGUAAAGCAGUAUAGCAAAGUGAAAAGCAGAUUCAAGCCUGACCAGUGCACCGAAAGUGCCUGGCUUCAAGUGAAGCGGACGGUCGCUUUGCUACUUAAUGACAAAGAAGGAGGGUAUUUCUGUGGUGGAUCUCUCAUCAGCAGUAGAUACGUGUUAACAGCUGCACAUUGUUUGGCGGAUGGACUUAUAUCAGCACAAGUGAUACUUGGAGCGCAUAACCUUCGUCGAUCUGAAUCUACCCAACAACUCAUUUCGAGCACAACGUUCAAACACCAUGAAAAUUUUAAUAAUCAAACAGGACAGAAUGAUUUAGGCGUUAUCUAUCUUCCAACACCAGCCAACCUCAAUCAGUACGUUCAACUGAUAGCACUUCCUAGUAGAGCUGACGUUUCGAAUAGUUUCGCAGGAUCGGAGGCAGUAGCAAGUGGUUGGGGAUUGUUUUCUAGUUCUUCUGACGAUCUGAGUGACGUAUUGCGAUAUGUCGACGUUCCGGUUAUAGCAAACGACGUGUGUCAAGAAAACUUCGGUUCGUUCAUUACCAACUCGAUAAUUUGUUCUGGAGGAGUGGAUAAAGGCAUUUGCUCUGGAGACUCAGGCGGACCUCUUGUCGUCAGUAAUCAAUUGGUAAAUAGAUAGAUAGAUAAUAGCUUUGUUAACAAAAUUGUUAUUCUUAUUUACAUUAGAUGUAUGUGUGUGUCUAAAGUAAUUCCUCCUCUCUAACUUCCACUUUUCUACUAUUGGUCCUUUUCCCUUUUCACCUUUUCUUUUUACUGUAUUUAAUUGUAUCUUGUGUUAUGUACGAGGUGGAACCCAAUAAUCAACCACUGAUAUAAUUAUAAUUAUAAGUAUUUAAUUGGUGUAGACAAUCGUAUACAGAAGAUACCAACGUAAUACAGAGAGCGGCCUUUCGUAUGUAUAUGCCCUUUCGACGGUCAGCACAGCUCUCCUGUGUUAUCACUUGAGACUAAUCUUCUUUGUCGACCUUGUAACAUACACAUACCCAAGAGCCGAUACAUUACAACUUCCUCUCCCUUUACAUAGUGUUUGCUUAUCUUAAUAUUAAUUUAUUUAUUAUCGAUUGCCCGCUGAAUAAGCGUUUUGACAAUCUAAGUGCCGAUACAUUACACCUUUCUAGGCAGUAGUCCAAAAAACUACUCGAGGAACCUGC